GGCUCCGCUGCGGAAACUGUAGAGCAGCCGAGCUUAUCCUUCCUUGGCGCUCCCGCUGAGCGACGUUUCGUGUGUCUUCUCCAUCGCCAGAUUUUCAGGCGACGGUUGGAUGGGAUAGGACUCGGUGCGGCUGAGCGCAUAUUUUCGUAGGGUCGGCAAUGGCGACGCGUGUCCCUUCGGUCUUCGCUGUCGCUCCAUCACCACCGUCAUCGUCGUCACGUCAGGGUCAUAAAUUGAGGUCGGUGACAGCUCGCGUGAUUAAUCACCGAAACAAUCGCUGCAGCAGCAGCAGCUCCAGUCAAAUUAGGGUCUCUCCUGCCUCUUCGCUUCGCUUCGCCUUGGCUUCCCCGUCGGCGGCGCCGUCAUCUCCUUCUCCUUCGUCGCCGAGGAAGCGGUUCCUGACUGUUGCUGCUGUAUCCAUGGCCGCCGCGCCUCCGCCGACCGUGCUCGUCACCGGUGCCGGUGGUCGGACUGGUCAAAUAGUUUAUAAGAAAUUGAAGGAGAGGCCAGACCAGUUUGUUGCAAGAGGUCUUGUCAGAACAGAAGAGAGCAAGGGAAAAAUUGAGGGAGCUGAUGAUGUUUAUGUUGGUGAUAUAAGGGAUGCUGGUAGUAUACUUCCUGCAAUACAAGGCACUGACUUUCUUGUUAUUCUCACCAGUGCUGUUCCAAAGAUGAAGCCUGGGUUUGAUCCCACUAAGGGUGGAAGGCCGGAGUUUUAUUUUGAAGAAGGAGCUUAUCCUGAGCAGGUUGAUUGGCUUGGACAGAAAAAUCAAAUUGAUGCUGCUAAAGCUGCUGGAGUAAAGCAAAUAGUUUUGGUUGGUUCAAUGGGCGGAACAAAUCUCAAUCACCCUUUGAACAGCUUGGGGAAUGGAAACAUUCUGGUGUGGAAGAGGAAGGCUGAGCAGUAUUUGGCUGAUUCUGGCAUUCCAUACACAAUAAUAAGGGCUGGAGGCUUGCAAGACAAAGAAGGGGGUGUCCGUGAAUUAAUUGUGGGCAAGGAUGAUGAGCUUCUUCAGACACCAACAAGAACCAUCACAAGGGAGGACGUUGCAGAAGUUUGCAUUCAGGCGCUGCAAUUUGAGGAGUCAAAAUACAAGGCGCUCGAUCUGGCCUCGAAACCCGAAGAUUCUGGUACACCCACAAAAGAUUUUAAGGCUCUGUUUGCCAGCGUGACCACUAAAUUUUAACAUUACAAGUGGCCCUCGGUUUUUAGCUCAAUCGUUUCUCAGUUAUUGUUGCUAAGUUUGUGGAGAGGGGGGGAAACAAAGACAAUGCAAAUAACAAAAGGUGUACAAGAAUUCAUGUCUCCACAGGACGGUGCAAGUCUCAAUUCUGUGGUAAAUUUCAUUUGGUGUGGCCCAAGAAUAUGAUCAAACAACAAAAUUGGGUUAUUAUUUACUUGUAAAAACUGCAUGCCUAUUUGACUAAUGUGCAUCGGAAAUGGUUUACCUAGCAGGUGCUA